UAAGCCUCUAAGUCUUUCACAUUUCACCAGAUAUUUAACUCUUGUAGCAAAACAAGUUCCAUUUGCAUUUGAAAAGCCAUCUUGCUCUUUUUCUACAUACUUAUAGGAUGGACUUUUCUCUCCCUCCCUAUCCUUUCUUUCUGCAGUUGUUUGGAGAAACUCUACAUGUGGGUUGUCUUUUUUCCCCACUGUUGAAUUGCUUUUGUGGCCUCUUUGCAGAUCCUAGUGGCUCAGUCCUAGCAGGGGAUUGCUAUUGAAUUGCUUUCCUUUGAAUCAAAGGCAUUUUCCCAGUCUGUGCAGACUUCACUUCCUCUUUCACCACCACAAAUGUGCUGGGUUUUGUGGUUUUAUCAUGAGAGCUAUUCUCCAGUUAAGAGAAAGGUAGGACCGAUUUAAAAUUCUUUGACAGAUGUCACUGAAACUUUAGAUUCAGGAAGGAAGGAAAAGCACCCACUCACGGGGGAGCAGUUCUACUGAAGAGGAACUGAAAACUAGUAUUUUAGUUUAAUGUUCAGGAAUGAUCUUUUUUGCAUGACUUGCUCCCUGUGGAUUGCUUAGAUUAGAAUAUGGAAGAUGCAGAUGGUUACAUGGUAGUACAACCUACAAGAAAUGUCUACAUGGAUGCUAGUCCCAAGACACAAGGUCCUUCGAAAUGCUGGAAAAUCACAGUCUGGGUCACACUGGGAGGAAGCAUUGCUUUGAAUGUGGCCCUAAUUGUUCUUCUGAUAGUAUUUCAGAUACAAGGUGUUGUCUACCCAUCGACUUCAACCAAUUCAUGUGGAUGGAUCCCAGGAACUUUAAUAGUUUCCAUGAACUUUGACCCAGAGACUGCUCAUCGCCGGAUUGUCAUUUCUAGGGAUCGGAAAACUGCGACAUGGGGAAAGGAAGAACAAUCACUUCCUGAAAGUGAUAAAAGAUUUAACCUGCGGGUAUGGGUUCUGGGCCAGACUGGGUUUAAAUCAGGAAAACACUGUUGGGAGGUGGAAAUAAAACACGAUGGAGAAUGGGCGGUGGGAGUUGCCAGGGAGUCAGUGAAGAGAAAAGGAUUGACGGAUUUUAGCACCAAAGAAGGCAUCUGGGCUAUUGCAGAAUAUUGGGAGAAAGCAAAUUACAUAGCUUUUACUGAGCCACAACACACCAAGAUUUCUUUUGAAAAGAAGCCCCGGAGGAUUCGUGUGUUUGUGGAUUACCUCUAUCAAGAAGUGGAAUUUUUCAAUGUAGAAACAAAGACUACCAUAUUCCUUUUCUCAAACGCAUCCUUCUCUGGAGAAAUAAUCUAUCCCUGGUUCCGGGUUUGGGACGGAACUGAGCUGAUGCUUCAUCCCUAAUGCCCACUACUUAAUGAAAAAGGGAGCUCUUUCUCAUGACACUCUGUUGGCUAGGUAUGGUGGGAGCUGUGGUCUAGCACGUUUGGAAGAUGGUCCUGUGGAUUAUACUACUUGGGACUGUGAACAUUAUGCAGUCAUGGCUGUUGCAGAGAUGCUUACUUCAACCAUCCAUACAACCUUUCACCUAAUACCUUCAGGAAAAUUUGGGAAUUAUAAAUAAGUCACCAGUUUGGGGAAACCUAUUCUAGAGUGCAUAAAAGGUUGCAACCAAGUUAAUUCUCUGUAGCCAUAAGAGUAAGAUAUGCAGGUAUCUCUGCAGAUAUGAAGAAGCUUCUGUAAUUUCAAAAUAUGAGUCUUUCCAACAGAGGUCCAUUGUAUUUCCACAAUAUUCCCAGCUAUGGUCCAUGACAAUCACACAGGUUGAUUGUGGGGACAGUCACGCAGGUUGGUUGUGAUGCAAACUGUGGUUGAAAUAUCACAUAUUGGCAGCAUUGUUCAGGAUUUCAGAUAGAGCACAAACAUUUUAUGUUCCCAUGAGUGAUAUCAUGAGAUCCAUGCAUCACAGUACUUGCGGGCAUCACACAACCAACUUGCUUAUGUAGCAAUUUGUGAUAAGAAAGUUUGCAUGAAGAAAAAAAAAGUGGGAAUUGUCAACUAUUCAAUUUUCAGUACCUUGAGUAGUCAAGAUAGAAUUCCACUCUUGAAUCUUAGUGUUCUAUGAAGAUUCCCAAUAUAAAUAUGAUCCAAGUCUGAUCUUUCUUAUUCACAUAAGGUUAGGCAGAUAUGGCUACCUUUUGAAAUACAUUUUACCUAAGCCCAAAUGAAAUAAACCAUAUUAUGACUUAGGUGAUUUGUGAAUUUGAUCAUGUUAUUUAGUAUUGCAGUAAUUUCAGUAGCUUGAACCCAAUUUUUGUCAUAUUUUUAAUAUUAACUUAGGAUGGCUUAUAAGGUAAUAAAGCCCUACCCCCUUCCCCAAUCAUUUAGUUUAGUUAGUUCAGAUUCAUCAUGAUCCAAUGGACAUUUUUCCAGGAUUGGCAGAACUGUUUCUUUGAGUCCUUGUAAGCUCAUUCAGGUGUCACCAGUGACAGCAUCCAGCCAACUUGUGUCUGUUGCCCCCCCCCCAACUUUAACACAAUCCUUCUAAUAUUGAAACAUUCUUGCAGUCCAAGGUGUUCUCAACAAUUCUCUCCAGCAAAAUGUGGGUUCCUGCAAAUGUAUUAGGGAGUGUAACUCCCAUAAUUCUAGCCUUCCAAACAACUAUUGAAAUCUUCCAAUAAGUAAAUAUAUAUUGUCUGUGAACAUCUUUUGCCCCAUUUGUAACAUUCAUUGGGUGUUUGCCGACAUGUAUUCUCAACUGUUAACUGAGGUUCUCUGUCACAGAAUCCUUUCUGCCAUUGUCCA